CAUUUCCGGUGGCGGCGGAACUGACGUCAGAGUUCUCGGGCAAAACAAGCACAUGUGAGGACUGCGUGGUAAGACGUUGACUAUUACCUUCUUAAAUCAUAGUUGUCGUGAAUCGACGGGCAUGGAUAAACCAGGCAACUACCCUGCGCCCAACUUUGAUUCGCCAACUCCAAACUCCUUCCAACUGCCAUGGCAGCAGCAACCACUUCUUCGGACUAGCAGCUUCCACCCCAGCAUGUGGACCUGGAGUGAAGCACCUAUCCAGCCCGGUUCGGCCUACGGCGGUCAAACUACAGGGAACCACGGGGCAACGACAGGCUCCCGUCCUCCUUCAGGAAACUACGGGUCCCAAUAUUUAUACGGCCAAAAUUCUGGUCGUGAAUGGUAUCAAGCAGGACAUCAAGGUUAUAGACCAACAGGCAACUAUGGAAAAAAGAGCAACAAUGGACCUUCCUUUUUGCAUUUUUGUGACACCUGUGACCGUGGUUUUAAAAACCAGGAGAAGUUUGAGGAACAUGUUGCUCAACAUGUCAAGUGUUCUGUCCAAGACUGCAGCUUCACGGCUCAUGAGAAAAUAGUUAACAUCCAUUGGAAAAAUACCCAUGCACCAGGAAGGAAAAGAAUCAAGUUGGACACCCCUGAAGAGAUUUUGAAGUGGAGAGAGGAAAGACGCAAGAACUAUCCGACUUUGCAGCAUGUCGAAAAAAAGAAAAAACUGAUGGAAGGGCGAGAGAGGACUGGAGCGGUUCUGGAGACAGCUCAGUUUGGACGAAUGAGAGGCAGAGGACGUGGCCAAUGGCGUGGGAGAGGGUUCCAACGGCAACAUCCCCAAAGUCCUCAUCCAUUGGACAGUGGCACUGCAGUAAAACAACUCCUACCCAUCACACAGUCCAACCCGGAUUGUGAUCCAUUGGGAGUGUUGCUCAAAAGUGACAAUGAUUCCGAGAAAGAGGAUGCAACGGCUACCUCCAGUGGUGCUGGCCUAGUUGUGGCCCCGAAGCAGAUGAGCUCAGCUCUGGGGUCUCUUGUGGCCAACUAUGGCUCCAUGAGUGAGAGUGAAAGUGAUGAUGAAGCGCACACCCCAACUAUGCAAAAAGCCAAAGAAAUGCCCCAAGAAAACAAGGUUGUGCAAAAUCAGCACACACAAGCUUCCAGGGUCUCCAAUGGCUGGUCCAAUCAGAACAUGGCAAACAACCUAAGAGGAGGAGGAGGACGAGGACGAAGAGGGAGAGGAGGAAGGCGUGGUCGAGGUGGACACUGUGAUAUGCCAAUGGGACGGAGGCCUACUCUCCUUGAGAUGCUCCUCGCACCAGACAUCCGCCAUGAGAGGAACAUCCUCCUGCAGUGUGUUCGAUACGUGGUCCGAAACAACUUCUCUAGGCUGGAGAACCAACCUAAACUCCAACCAGGGAUUGACUUGAGACAAGCUAUCGGAAGUACAGAGCAAGAAGUUGAAAAUGAAAAGCCGUCAGUGGAAGCCAGAACUUUGUUUUCCUCUUUGGUUACUGAGGAGAGAUGUUCUGUCAAGGAUGGGACCACGUCUCAAAGAGCCACCACAAAGCCAGGAGUUAGGGAGGAGGAGAUGGUGACUAGUCAAUCUAACGCGGGUAUAAACUUGGCUGUUAAUCACUGCUCGCCACAGAAUCAUCUGGCUCAGUACCCACUUAGUCACCAAUCUGCCCUUGGACAGCCGGGUGACUCAACUGGCUGUGGACCGACAGAUGACCAAACCGACCCUGUUUUACCAGGAGACCAGACUGUCUCUGAAACCGCUAUUUACGAAGAUGGCUGUAGUUUACCAUGUAACAAAGCAGUUUAUGGACUCCCAGAGGAAAAAGUUUGCUAAGUUGGCCCCAGACCCCCUCGUGAGCAAACAUCUUAUAGACUUUUAAGUGAGAAAACUGGCCCUGGAGUGAAGGGUUAUCAAGCUGCCUCUGGGAUCACCAAACGACCAAACUGGCUUUGAUUCACCAAACUGGCCCUGGUUUACCAGGAGAGCAAACAAAUUCUGAACCGGCUAUUUGCAAAAUGGCUCUGGUUCACUAUGUGACAAUGCUGUUUAUGGACUCCUUGAGGAAAUGUAUGGCUAUAGUCUAUUUGAUGCUCCUUGUGGACAAGCUUGCUGUGGAUUCCCCGGUGACCACAUUUUCACCAGAGUCAUUUCAAGUGACAAAACAGCCUCUGUUAUCAAUAUGAUUCAUGAUGAUGAAAUACGGAAAAUUGGUAUUCAUCGAAAAAUUCAGACUUAUUUGGCUUAAUUUGAAUUAUGACAUAAUUUUGGCUGAUUUAUAUUUUGUAGAAUAUAUUGAUAAAAUAUAUUUUUCUCCAAAAAUAAAUGUUAACAAAUCAGAGCUA